UCCAAGAACAGAGCAAAGAAAACCAGAGGAUCUAAAAACAAAAAAACAGAAUACUCUGUUUCUGAUCUUCUGUGUUUCACUGUUCAAAAAGACAGACUUUUUACUAUGAAGUCAGAGGCUUUAACAUUGGUUUUAGUGAAUCUAGCUGGGAUAAUGCAGAGAGCAGACGAGUCAUUGUUGCCAGGUGUUUACAAGGAAGUUGGUGCAACUUUGCAUAUAGACCCAACGGGGUUAGGCUCACUCACUCUCUAUAGAUCCGUAGUGCAAUCUUGUUGUUACCCUUUAGCUGCUUAUCUUGCUAUGCAUCACAAUCGUGCUCAUGUCAUUGCUCUUGGUGCUUUUCUUUGGGCUGCUGCCACCUUUUUUGUUGCCAUUUCCACCACCUUCCUCCAGGUUGCAGUUUCGAGAGGUUUGAAUGGAGUUGGACUUGCAAUUGUCAUACCUGCUAUUCAGUCCCUUGUUGCUGAUUCAACUGAUGAAAGUAACCGUGGUAUGGCUUUUGGGUGGCUACAACUGACAGGAAACAUUGGCUCCAUCCUAGGUGGGCUAUGUUCUGUACUGAUUGCAUCAAAAACUAUCAUGGGGAUACCUGGCUGGAGAUUUGCUUUCCAUCUGGUUUGGAUAAUCAGUGUCGUAGUUGGUAUCUUGGUCCAUCUUUUUGCUAAGGAUCCACGAUUUUCUGAUAGCGAUGAUAAAGCCAAAAAACAUGUUGAACGUAAGUCCUUUUCAUCACAAGUGAAGGACAUAAUAAAAGAAGCAAAGUCAGUUAUGAGAAUCCCAACUUUCCAAAUUAUUGUUGCUCAAGGUGUUUCAGGAUCAUUCCCUGGGUCAGCUUGGUCGUUUGCCCCAAUGUGGCUUGAACUUAUUGGCUUCUCCCAUGAAACAACAGCAUUUAUCAUGACCCUUUUUGUAGUUUCCAAUUCACUUGGUGGUCUCUUUGGCGGAAGGAUGGGAGAUAUUUUAGCCAAACGCUUGCCUAAUUCUGGGAGAAUUAUACUUUCACAGAUAAGCGCAGGUUCUGCGAUCCCUAUAGCAGCAGUUCUGAUGUUGGCAUUACCUGAUGAUCCCUCCACUGCAUUUACGCAUGGUUUAGUUUUUUCCAUCAUGGGAUUGUGCACUUCCUGGAAUGCUCCAGCAACUAACAAUCCAAUAUUUGCAGAGAUUGUCCCUGAGAAAUCCCGAACAAGCAUCUAUGCCUUGGAUCAAUCUUUUGAGUCUAUACUGGCAUCUUUUGCUCCACCUAUAGUUGGGAUUUUGGCUCAGCAUGUUUAUGGUUAUAAACCAAUAUCCAAAGGAUCAUCAGACUCCAUGGAGAUUGGGACGGAUAGAGAGAAUGCUGCAUCGCUUGCUAAGGCUCUUUACACAGCAACUGGGAUUCCAAUGGCAAUCUGUUGCCUCAUUUACUCAUUCCUUUAUUGCACUUAUCCAAGAGACCGGGAGAGAGCAAGAAUGCAAGCAUUGAUAGAAUCAGAAAUGCAACAACAAGAGGAAACUAAUUCUCCAUCAAGUGGCAAACAAUCCGAAUUUCAUGUUGAAAACUCAAAAGAUCUGGAUGGCAAAGAAAGAAGUGAAGUUUAUAUAGAGCUUGAAGAGGAGAGCCUCGAUUUCGAUGAUAAUGAUAAGAAGUCCCUUCUGAAUCAUAACCAGCUUGAUUUUCAAACUUAGAGGGCAGAUGAACACUUUAGGUGGAAGCUGAGCUAUAGAAAUUGGGUCGACUUAA